CUCCAUUGACUUGGACAGGUCGUCAACACACAGUCAGUUCAGUCAUGUGGAUGGUGUCUGUCAGUGUGUCUGUGAGAUGCCCGACGGCCACCGCACACAGAGAGCGAUCGUCACCCUCGCGUACUCGGCAGUCAGCACACCACCACACGCCGGACAAAUAAGGGCGUAUUCAUCCAUUGAUGCGAUAGUCACACACACACGCACACACCCAGACUCAUCCCACUUUCCGCUGCUUGGAUGGCGGCUCCUGACUCUGUGGACAUACAGACAGACAGACAGACAGAGGUGUGUGUGUGUGUGCUGUCCGUCAUCCAUAUGCAUCCAUCCAUCCCCCCCCCGAGUGUAUGCGGUAGGUAUGUACCUGCAUAUACCCACAUCUACACAUCUUGAGUCCACCUGUCGGUCGACGGACACACACCGACACAGAGAGAGGGAGGGCAUGAGAUGCGAAGGGCAUCGAUGCAUCCAUGAGAUGCGAGCAGCCUUGCUUACACCGAGGGCACUGGGGCAUUUCGUGCAGCAUCUGAUCGCCGACAGACUCCUGCACACACACAACAGCCACACACACACACAACCAACCACAGGCAUCCAUGCCAUGUACAUACAUGUGUCUGCGUGUGUGCACUGCACAGUCAGUGCUUAUUUAUUGAGUCCCUCCUCACCUCCAUGGAGUAGUCGAGCACAGCUUUGGGCUGCGUCCUGGUGUAGGCGCGGCCGAUGAACUCAGGGUUCUCCUCGACCUUCUCAGCGUACGCCCUCAGCACCUCAACAGGGUCCUCGUCCUUGAUGGUGCUCUUGUUGAUGCGCUGGGCGAUGUACUGAGACAGCUUGUUCUCCUCGGCACCUGCCAUGGUCGACGGCCUGACCACACACACACGGACGCGUCCAGUCAUGUGGGUGGGGUGGGGUGGGGUGGGGUGGGGUGUGGGUGUCAGGCCGUUAUUGUCUCACUUCUGCGGCAUUUUGGUCUUCUGCUCGCGCUCGGCGUCUCUCGGUUUGACCCUGUAGAUAGAUGCACAUAUACACGUGAAUGCAUCGCAUCCACGGCGUGUGUCAAGUCGGGUGUUCUGUGCUGUGUUGGUUUACUUGCGAAGGUGCCCGCUGCGGGUCUCUUUGAAGAUCUUGGGCAGGUUAUCGGCCUGUAGACAGACAGAGGCACGCACGAGGCACACAGACACAAUAGACAUACACACACUCAUUGUAUGCAUCCAUGUGUGUGUGCGCACCUGGAAGACGGGCUCGUUGAAGCCGACCAUGUCGUCACGUCUUCACACACCACACACAGAGCACCGUAUAGACACAUCCAUCCGUUUGCUAUGUGCGAGUGUGUACCGUUUUGCCGGCGCCUUGGCAAUGAAGAGCAGUGCGCCCUUCUGGCUGAUGCUCGUGUCGUAGUUGAGGCGCACCGUGCCGUCAGUGUGGCCGCUCACCAGCUGGUUAAUCUCGUCGUUCCAGACGGUGGUCGUGACGCCCACGUUGGCGAAGGUCAAGGACUGCACGCACUCGUAUGUGCUGGACGAGUAGAACUGACACGCACAUACACGAACACACAAACACACGAACACAUGUGGGAGUGGAGUGCGUGCGGGGGAGUUUUGGCUCUGUGCUGACCGACCUUGAUGAAUCCGUCCUUGUUGCGCUUGUCGACGGAUGUGCCCGUGAAGAUCAGACUCUCGUCCGGCGACAGACCGACGUUCACCUAAACACACACAUAAAUGCACACAUUCGCUUUGGAAGUGCGUGUCUGUUUUAUUUCUGUGUGUGUGCAUACCUUUGCUGCAGCGUUGACGUUGAGGAGGUUGCCCCACGUGUGCACAGGCGACUUGAGCUGACGCAUGUCCCACACUGACAUACACAGGCAGACAGACAGCACACAAAUAUUCACGUAUGGGGGCACUCCUGUGUGUGCGUGUGGAUGUGUUGGUGUGCGUCUCUGGAGGCGCGACGUACGCUUCAUUGUGUCGUCCUGUGCGCGUGAGAUGAGCCUGGUGUUGUCCUUUGUGAACUUGACACACGUCACCUCAGAAGCAUGGGCGUCACGCACCACCUACAGCCGCCACACACAUCCACACACACAGUGACCCACACACAACACAACACAACACCCGCAGGUGUGUGUUGCUUUGCCUACGUGGUCGGGCUUGCCGUAUUUCUUCUUCUCGUUCCACACUUGGAUGGAGCCGUCCACACAACCUAAUGGACGGCACAAAGACAGACGGCGGGCUGAUGGCUGUGCGUGUCAGUGAGUGUGGGGAUGCUCAUAGUAUAGGUCACCUCCGACAAUGGCUUUGGCCUCCGUGUUGGUGUAGGUGCAGCAGAUGACGAAGCAGUUGCUGCGGGAAAGACACACACAGGGUGGGGUACAUGUGAAUAGGCAUGUCCAUCUACUCUGCGUGUGGUUGGUUGGUUGCCUGAUGUUCAUGUUUCGUUUGUCGAUGGCCUUGAGGCAGUGCACCAUCGGCAGUGCCUGGUCGAUCCCGUACGCACGCGCAUUCACAUCCCAUAUCCUAUGCCAGACACACGGAGAGAGAGGGAGAGAGAGAGAGAUGAGUGGAUGCCUCCACGAGUGUGUGUGUGUGUGUGUGCGUACCUGACGGUAGCGUCGUGUCCUGCGGUGAUGAAAGUGUUCUUGUCGUUCGGGUGCCAAUGGCAGUCGGUGAUCAUGUGCGUGUGGCCCCUGAAGACAGAGAGACACAUAUGGAUGCACACAGGUGUCUGUGAGUGUCGACUAUGGACACACCUGGUGUUGGCAGUGUCUCUGAUGUACAUGUCGCCCUUGACCGUUUUCUGCAACCACACACACACAUAUGCACACACCACAAACGUGUGUGUGGAUAUGCCUACACCCAUGCAUGCGCACGUACCUGCACUGGCUUCGCGUCAAGGUCGUAAAUGCGACAAAUGGCGUCACCUGAUCAGACACACACACACAGAGACAUUCAGACGCGUUGGUGGGCACACAGCAGACAUACCGGCGGCACAGAUGAAGUGCGACCCAGUGAUCGAAUACUCGAUUGCCUGCACCACAUCAACCAACGGUAAGCCACAAACCAAGAGAUACGUGCACUUCCUCUCUAUUCACGCCUCUCUCUCUCUGCGUGUGAGUGUCUGUCUUGCGCACCAUGAUGGUGUGUCCCUCGACGGGUUCGAACUGUCUGAAUGAGCGCAUGGCUGUCGUCAUGCCGUUGAAGUCAAACAACCGCACUUGGUAGUCGAGCCCGCCGGUGAUCAUGCGGGAGCCUUUCGGAUUCAGAGAAAGCGCGGACACCGUCUUGUUGUGUGCGGGCACCUCCACCUCAUACGCACAGGGGAUCCUCCCUCUCCCACCCCCACUCCCUCCACCACCACCCGGAGAUGCACUCUCCCGCCCCAUCAUGGCACGGAUCCUCGCCAGCUCCGCCUCAGAUAUGUCGUCGUCUUCAGCAGCAUCACCGCCACCAGCAGCAACAGGAUCUUCCUGAUCUCCGUCAUCGUCCGGCGGUGGUAGAGGUGUGGCGACGGCCGGCUGUUGCUGGUGCUCUGGUCGUCUGGCGACACCGAGCAGCGGCUUGGCUGACUUGGCUUUGGCCGAUGAGCGGCCAAAUGACACGGGGAACAUCUGUCUGAAGACGUCAUCGUCCUCUCCUUCUCCCUCUUGAUCUAGCUCAUCCAUGUCGGCGUCAUCUUCGUCUCGUUGCUGCUGCUGCUGCUCUUCUCGCCAGCUGGACUGAUGCUGCCUGCUCGUGUCACCGAAUGACAGCAGGCCUUUCCUCCUCUCCGAUUGUGGCUGUUGCCGAGGGUGGUGAGCGGCCUGUUGCUGCUGCUGUUGUUGCUGCUGCUGUUGCUGCUGGCGUCUGUUUCUGUAGGCCUGGUAUUGGCGCAGCUCACUGUGUGCGUCGUGUGUGUCGGCGUGCUGGACGUCCUCGGCUGCGCGCGAUGUCUGGUAGCGAGAGGAGCCUCGCAGACGCUUCUGUGGGGACACGCGCAACGCACAUAGACAGACAGAGAUAGAUCAGAUGACACGCAUGUCUUGCGAAUGUGAUCGUCUCUGACCAGUUCGUCCUCAUCGCUGUCGAUGCGCUCGUCGUCAUCCGCCAUGUUUGAACGACCUGUCUAAAAUAUUCUCUGCUACCUUCGCAAUUCUUCUAGGG